CUUGCGUUCGUCUUCAAGAUUGCCGCUGUACAUAUCCACGCACCUCUUCUACCAUGCCCACUGCCUCUACUAGUCUCAAGGAUCAGCACGCCAGUCUCUUUGACGACGAUGACGAUGAGGGCUGGGAGGACAUGCCGGUCGUCCGCGAAUCCGACGAAUUUGCGAACGGCCUUGAUGAGGAGGACCAGAAGAAGUAUCGCUACGUUCCUCAAGCGAAGAAAGACCCCGGUAAGAGUGCGGCAGCUGGAUCCGGAACGACCGCCAAUGCUACGGGCGAAAUUAUGGACGUGGAUUACCGUGGGGAUCAGUGGCGGUCGAAGGCUGAGGAUAAUGACGAGAGCGAGUACACGAGGUUGCGGAUGAAUGAGGAGGAGGACGCGGACGAGGUUCAUCUGCGGACGAAGUAUCUCUUCGACGAGGACAAGGCGAUGACUCCGCUCAGCCAGAUGCAGGCGACGAAGAACAUGCUGACGGAGGCGCAGCGUAUCGCGUACGUCGGGCUUUGCGCGCUUGCGAGCAAGGAGAUGGCGGACCAGCUUCGGAGGGUGAACGCAAAGGAGUUGAAGCCUGCGAUUCAGAAUAUGGAGCUUUGGGCGUUGAAGAUUCUAGGCAGGCUAUACUAUCAUAUGGAGCUCGCCACUGCAGAACAGAAGAUGAUUGAGAAUCUGGCGUUGCAUGGUGUUCGGGCUGACGAUCUGGUACCCUCCCUGAUGACCACUCAUACUGUCGCUAAUCCUGAGUACGACCCCGUCGAGGCGAAGAAGCAAGCCGAGCAGAAGAAAGAGGAUGACGAGCGGACAUUAUUCGAAGAGCAGGACGAUAUUUCCGAAGUGACCGUAUCCCUGGGAUCGACCUCUCCCUCUCUGCCGAAGUCCUUUUCUUCCCCCUCCAUGUCAUCACACGACUCCAAAACGUUCCAAACAACCACCCGUGUCCUAGAAGACACAUCUACCGCCCAACUUGCCGGUGUAACCACUUCCCUAUCAUCUGUCGACGAGAGAGUCACGCUCGACAUCCGGUGGACUGUACUCUGCGACCUGUUCCUCAUCCUCAUCGCCGACAGCGUGUAUGAUGCUCGAUCACGUGUCUUACUCGAAUACGUCGCCAUUCAUCUUGGUCUGGGCUGGUUAGAUGUGGUGAAGUUUGAACAGCGAGUAACCGAGGCACUCGAGAUCCAAGAAGGAACUGAGAGAAUAGAGCAACGUGAAGUAGUCGAAGGGCGUCAGAAGUCCUCACGGAAACGAAGAUACAUGAUGGUCGGUCUCGCCACCCUUGGUGGUGGCCUUGUAAUUGGGUUAUCUGCCGGAUUGCUCGCCCCCGUCAUUGGCGCAGGUAUCGGUGCUGCUCUCACGACAGUUGGUAUCUCUGGUACGGCCGGUUUCCUGGGUGGCACAGCUGGUGCGGCUGUAAUCACUACUGGUGGCGUUCUCACUGGUUCUGGUAUUGCUGCGCGCGGUAUGUCUCGAAGGACGCAGUAUGUGCGAACGUUCGACAUCUUGCCAUUACACAACAACAAGCGCGUCAACUGUAUUAUCACUGUACCCGGGUUCCUGAACGGAUUGCAGGAUGACCCGAGAUUGCCCUUCAGCGUACUGGAUCCUAUCGUCGGAGACGUCUUCAGUGUACUCUGGGAGCCCGAAAUGAUUCGAGAGACUGGUAGUGCCUUGAAGAUUCUCACAACCGAGGUACUUACCCAGAUCGGACAGACCGUGCUACAAGCCACGGUCAUGACCGCCCUCAUGAGUGCGCUGCAGUGGCCCAUCAUUCUCACGAAACUCGGUUACCUGAUCGACAACCCAUGGUCGAACGCCCUUGACCGUGCAAAGUCGGCGGGCAGCAUUCUCGCCGACGUUCUCCUCCAUCGCCACCUCGGCGUGCGGCCCAUCACUCUCAUCGGUUUCUCGCUCGGUGCUCGUGUGAUCUUCUACGCUCUCCUCGAGCUCGCCAAAGCGAAGGCGUUCGGCAUAGUGCAGGACGUCUUCCUCCUCGGUGCGAGUGUGACCGCGCCGCAGAAGACGUGGUUUCAAGCUCGGAGCGUAGUGUCCGGACGCUUCGUGAACGGAUUCGCCAGGAAUGAUUGGGUGCUCAACUACCUAUUCCGUGCGACGAGUGGAGGUCUGAACACCGUCGCUGGUUUGCGACCCGUGGAGAACGUCCCUGCUUUGGAGAACGUUGACGUUACGGACAAGAUCGCGGGACAUAUGAGCUAUAGGACGUUCAUGCCUCUCAUCCUGGAUCAGUUGGGGUUCCCGGUAUCCGCUGAUCACUUCGACGAACCGGAGGAACCUGAUUUCGAAGAAGACCGGAUCGUGGUCCGGGAAGGUGAAGAGUACCCGAAGAAGAAGAGUUGGUUCUCUCGGGCAAAGUCCUCGGGCCACACUCCGUCGACGUCGACCUCCCGUCCGCCGUCGGCUUCGUCUUACAGGACGCACAAGCGGGUGGCGCAGGCGGCUCCGUCUGCGACGACCAUCGAGGACGAGGACCUUCCGCCGCGAACGACGACACCCACUCCUCAUUCGGGGGCACAGACGCCUACGUCCCCUGGCGUCGAUUCUGAGUUACCGGCGCAUGCUGGAUUCGAUCUGGCUGCUAUGAAGGCCGUCAUUGGGGACAAGGAACGGAAUACCCUCGAAGGCGCUAUCGUGCCUCCUACGAUCCUGAACGCUGCGUCGCAGUUCUCCCCACCCCACACUGACGUCUCUGCCAUUCGCUCCCAAUCCGCACCUCCACAUUCGUCUACACCUCCUGGUACCUCAGUGGGGUCAGAGGAAGAAGAAAGGGACGCCGGGAUGACGCCAAGGACACGAGCUCAUGAAUUGGACGGCCCGUCCGAAUUUGCAGCCCCAGGGCCCAGCAGGGGUGAUCUGAGCACGACGUUCUCCCGGACGUUGUCGCUCAGCGAUUCACGGAUGCAGGGCGCAGAGGAGACGUUGACGUCAUACGCUAAUCCCUCGCGCCUUCCCAAUCCCAAUCCCAAUCCCACCCCUUCCUCCUCUUCGUCCUCUGCGUCUUCGUCAUUACCUCAGUCUCAGUCUCAGUCUCAGUCAAAGACAUUCGGCAUCGGUGCAACGUCGGAAGCGGAGUCGGAGUCGGGGAUGGAAACGGGCUCGGGCUUUGGCGCCCCGUUCGGGUCUUCGUACUCGACGUCGUCAUUCGGGGGUGGUGGAUACGGUUCCCGGGCUCAGACUCAGAAUCAGAAUCGAACAAGCGAGAGAUACGCGGAGGAGGAAGAAGAAGAAGGGGGCGCUGGUGACGAAGACAGGCCAGGGACAUCGUGGGCUAAUAUUAACGCUGGUUCGUCGGCGCCACCGCCACUGCCGGAGAAAGACUCGGUGUACAGUGCAUGGGGAGCAGGGGCGGGUUCGGCUUCGUGGGCUUAUUCGAACCCGUUCCGGACGACGGCGGCGGGUGCGGAUUCGUCGGGGGCGGGGGCCUCCACGGGACUUUCGUUUGGCGGGGCGGACGGGUCGGUGUCGGUGUCGACGAUGGGGGAUCCGGAGUUUGGGGCGGAUCCGUGGGCUGCGAGGAGUUCGGGGGCGAAUAACGCUGCGAAGUUUGCGAGCAAUCCUUGGAGUUGAACGUUGAAUGGUUGGACGGGGAUGGGGAUGGCGUUCCAUCAUCACUGGUCAGCGUGCAUACGUGCGAACGUUCGUGAGUGGUUUUCGCCGUGGGUGCACGCCGCACGCGUUUCUUGUUGAUUCGUUGCGUUGCGUUGCGUUUGGUUACUGGUUGCUGUUUCGUUCGCGCGCUUUCGUUACGCCGGGGGCAGUCGGGUCGGAGAUGACCGGUUGAGCAGAGGGCGCGGAUAGGCGUGCCUUGCCAGUGUCACUGUUCGGGCUGUAUCAUAGCUGCGAAGGUUUCAAGCUCAAGUUUGAGGCGGGGAGGGAUACUUAGCGCUGGUUUAUUCUUGAUUUUGUCCGGCACUUUACACACCGUGUGCUCGUUUGUUUGUUUGUUUGUCUGUUUCUGUUUCUGUUUGCGCUUCCCCAUCACCAUGCAUCAUCAUCAUCAGUGGCAUCAUUUCUAUUGCAUUGUUUCACGUUGUUUUGUUAGAAAUCGAACAGGCUUUGGUUUAGAGUGCAGUGCAG